ACGAAUUCAUGCAAAUGACACACUGAAACAUUUCGUUCAGAUUUGAUGUUAUCUGAUUAAAAGCUUCGUAACAUAAGUUAUCUGUUCAUUAUUAUAUACGGUGUGAAAUAUAUCGACGUUGUGUCUAUUGUAAACAUUCAACAAGUGCAAGUACUCGUUACUCUUCAGGACGGAAGGAGUAAAUGUUGCAUUCCAAUAUGGCGGCGACAAAAGUUUUCGUCACAGACAAAUAUUGAGCAACAAAUGAUCACCUGCUGGCGAUAGGAUAUCGCCUGGGACAAUUUCUUACAGCCAUUUAUAUGUUUCAUACACUGUUCCAGCAAAAUGACAACAAAUUACGAAAGUUCGUUGAAGACCUAUCUAGCUAAGUACAAGUACCCUGAUGCAGCCAAGAGAGAGGUGACCAACAUCCUGGGACAGUACCGUGACCUCCGACCCAGCCAUGACAACUUUGUGUUCAAUGACGGCACUCAGAAACAGCUGCUCAACUUGGAGGGAACCAUUCCAGUGCCAUAUAAAGGAAACGUGUACAACAUCCCGAUGUGUAUCUGGAUCAUGGACACCCACCCCUACAACCCACCCAUGGCGUACGUCCGCCCCACCAGCUCCAUGCAAAUCAAACCCAACAGAUACGUGGACGCCAAUGGCAAGGUGGAUCUGCCCUAUCUCAGAGAGUGGAAAUAUACUGGUUCCGAUCUGCUGAGUCUCAUCCAGAUUCUCAUCUUCUCGUUUGGGGAGGAGUGUCCUGUGUUUUCCCGACACGCCCCAUCACAGCCCCCACCUUACCCCAUGGGUCAGGGCGGGGGAGGAGGACCCCCCAUGGGGGGACAGCCCCCGUACCCCACCGGUCAAGUGAACAUGCCGAUGCCUGGAGCAGCACAUGGAGGAAGCAAUCCCCCCUACCCCCCUUACUCCGGUGGGCAGCCUGGCUACCCCAGUACCGGCUACCCUCCUUACCCUGCACCAGGGGGUGGAGGGUACCCUCCUCAGGGGGGACAGAAUUACGGGGGCUUCCAGGGCUACCCCAGCCAAGGUCAGGGUUACACUGGCGGCAGUCAGGGCCAGUAUCCACCCUACUCCUACGGCAGCGGUUCCAACCCCCCCUACCCUCCCUCUACAGCAGCGUAUCCAGCAACAUCGGCGGCAACAACAACUAGCACAGCGGUUGGUCGACCUGGAACCGGCACCGUGACGGAGGCUCACAUCCGGGCCUCACUCCUCUCAGCAGUGGAAGACAAGAUGCGCAGGAGGCUGAGAGAAACAUUUGCUCAGGCACAGGCCGAGAUGGAGGUGCUGAAGAAGACGCAGUCGGACCUAAUGAGUGGCAAGGAUAGGCUGGAGAGGAUGGUGCGCGACCUGGAGACAGAGAAGGAGGAGAUUGAUCGGAACAUCCAGCUGCUGAACCAGAAGGAUGUUGAGGUGAAGGAUGCCCUGCGCAAACUGGAGUCCAAUGAUCAACUAGAAAUUGACGAUGCUGUUGUCACGACAACACCACUAUACAGACAGUUACUGAACGCCUUCGCUGAGGAACAGGCCAUAGAGGACACAGUGUAUUACCUGGGAGAGGCACUGCGCAAAAAUGUAGUGGAUUUAGAAGUCUUUCUUAAGCAAGUCCGAGAGUUGUCAAGAAAACAGUUCCUUCUACGAGCACUGAUUCAGAAAUGUCGAGAAAAGGCUGGGUUGCCUCCCUUGGCUUAACCUACCCCACUUGAAACUAAGCCUCUCAAUGACUGUGGUCAGCUAUGCUAUUGACCCAAUGAAAAGAAAUGGUUAUUGGCUGAUACACUGUCACGAAGACCAAGUCAGUAUCAAGCUAUUUGAUCUGCAAGUCACAUGAUCACAAGCUAACCAAACUCAUCACAAUCGGUCUCAAGAUUAACAAAUUUCAGUAUUUUACAUCUAUGUUCUCUUAAUUAUAUGAAAAAUAUUUUCUUGUGGCCAUAAGUGGACAGAAAUAUGUGAAUGUAAGUUUUUUGGGGACAAUCUAAAUGAAAACUCUAUUUUGACGUAAAUGUAAUAUAUUAUUGAGAGUUCGGAAAGGUCAGUUCAUUUAAUCAUCUCCGUGGUCAGUGUCCGUACUGGUCAGGUGAAACAGGAUCUCCGAUAAGAUGGUCCUCCUGAUACAAGGCUUGUUAAGCUUGUAACUAACUAAUGUACAGAUGGUUGUAAAUAAUGUUCCAUUGGGAGUUCUGUACUGAAUUCCUAUGCCUAGCUACAGUAAAAAGUGAUUAACCCGAUCGGGUGGUCAGGCUCGGUCACUUGGUUGAUGCUUGUCAUUGUAUCCCAAUUGUGUUGAUUGAUGCUCAUAAUGUCAAUCACUGGAUUGUCUGGUCCAGACUCGAUCAGUUGCAGACCGUUGUCAUAUAGCUGGAAUAUUGCUGAGUGCUGCGUUAAACAAACAAACAAAUGCUUUCUACAGUGGAACCCCCUUAAUCAGGACAGUAUCAUUCCAGUAAAAUCAUCCGGAUUAACAAAUUUCCAGAUUAACAAAUCAUUGAUAUGAAGCAAUGCCGUUUGAAGCAAAGUCGACAUCUAUAACAUUAAUCGUCUAGGAUGCAAAAAUUCUGGAUUAACAGGGUCCUGGUUGACAGGGUUUGACUGUAUGCAACUCGGAGGGAGACGUGUUCUUUGCGUGUCCCUUCUUUUAGUAUGUAUUCCUUUUCAAACAUGUGAUGGAGGUACAUCAGCUUAUGCUCUUAUUCCUGCAUAAUGAUAGACUGGCAAGUACACUCUACCCAAAGAUGGACAAGUGAGUUAAAAUUUAUCAUGUUAGUCAAUUUUAUUUCAGUGUUGAUAAUGAGGUGGUUUGAUAAAUCUGAUUAUUACUUUGUAAUCACUGUACAGCGUGUAAAUAUAUCAAUAUAUUUAGAUAUUUGUCAGGUAAUUUUUUAACAUAUGUCAACAGGGUUGAUAAACUAUGCUUUAAGCACCCUGAUCUGUAACAUGUACCUAUAAACAACAUUUUUGUUUAUUUAUUUUGUUUUAGAUCUAGGGUGAGAUAUGAUUUCAAGGCUGAUUUCUUCAUGUAUAUUUACAUAUAUAAUUUUGUAUUUUAUCACCUGCUGUAAAAUUCUGUGAAAUAAAUGGAGAAAUAGUUCACAUACAUA